AUGCUCUACACAAGACGUGGCUGCCGAAUGUCGCCAGGUGUAUCCCGUUGCUACGAGCUUCAGCCUGACCCUUAUGAUUAUACGCAGAGGAAAUCGAUACGGAUAUGCCUCUUUACAAACGUUGAAAACGCCGGUGAACUCAGGGCAAAGUUACGAACCGGUGAUUUGGAUGCGGCGCUCGUCAGGGCGGAACUGGUCCUGGAACCGUUCCUCUUCCUCGCUGCCGCUGAAAAAGCCGUCUACCAAUAUGCCCAUAACCGGAUGUCAACAAGAAGUUUGGCCGCCGAGCUCAUCUACAGUUUAUCGCCUAGUAGAAAUAUUUCCGACUCGCUGAACACGUUCGGCGUGGCGGAAAACUCGAAGACGAUCCUGGCCGCGGUUUUUGAUGAUGAAAAAGGAUCGAAAAUGAAGAAACUCGCUAAGCAAAUCAAGGGCCAAGCCGUGCACUUGAACUUCCUGAGGAAUGUCGCCAACCUGAAGCUGAUCAAGCGGAUCUACAAAAUCAACGAUCCAUCAAUUACGCUGGAAAACAUUGACGAGGAGAUUUUGACGCGGCUCGUCUCCAAGGAGUACAUUUCG